CCAUACAUAAUAAAUAUAUACCUUUGUCCAAAUGGAAAAAAAAGCUGACCUCUAUACAUUUUUGACAGGCAAAAGCAAAGAUGCAUUGGGAAAUAUUAGUGGUGUAAAGUCUGUAGUCAAAGAAUUCAUUGUUGGUAGCUCAACACCAGCUUCAAUACUAAAGGACAUGCGACCAGUUUACCUGGACGGAGCGAAUCUUGUCAAACCAAAGGAGAAACCAAAACGAAAAGCCAAAAACCGACCUCUCAAUGCGCGUGAACGACGACAAUUGAAAGUAUAUGAUAUUGAUAAGACAUAUAUCAAGUAUGAUCUAUUCCUUCCUCUUCAUCAGCUAUGGCAAGGUUAUAUGAAAGAUGUAUGGGAAUCUAGUCGUGGUGGAACCGAAUCUCAAGCUGUUCAACAAUUUGCCCAAAGACUUCUAAGAGCGGAUUUACAUGGAUCUAUUCUGACAGUGACGAAAAGCAAAAAUCCAUUAUUUAUUGGCACCACUGGUAUCAUGAUACAAGAAACUAUGAACGUGUUUUCCAUCGUAACAAAGGAUAAUAAACUGAAAAAAGUACCAAAGGCUGGAACUAUCUUUCUUCUCAAGACGGAUGCUUGCAAGCAGUCAUUCACUUUAUAUGGACAGCAAUUACAAUUUAGAGCUGCAGAAAGAGCUGCGAAGAAAUUCAAGGUUAAAUCAAGCAUUGAUUUAUAGUUUAGAUAAAGUUUGCAUUUUGUAUUAUAUUCAUUUCGUUGCAAUAAAAAGUCG